AUGAGCAGCUUGGCCCUCUUCUCGCCAAGCUCCUCCUCCUCCUCUCUGUUCCUCACAAAGCAGGCCCACCCUACCAAGGCGAGGGCUCCUGCGGUUGUGAGGUGCGGCAGUGGGCCCACCCUGUCAGGACCACAUGAAGAGGAGGAGAGAGAGGGGGUGAUGGUGGCCUUGGUAGGGAGGAGAAAUGCACUGGCCUCUGCAGCGGCAGCCUGUGGAGUUUCGGUGCUUGGUUUUGCAGGCGAUGGCCUGGCGGCGGCCAAGCAGGGCCCGCUGGCAGGGAGGAUCCCGGGGCUGUCUGGCCCUGAUCAGAAUGGUUGGAAAACAUACCGCAGGCCGGACGAAAAGUCUGGCGGCCACGGAGUCGGCUGGAGCCCGAUCAUCCCGUAUAGCUUCAAAGUUCCUGAUGGCUGGGAAGAGACACCAGUGUCGAUUGCUGAUCUUGGUGGGACGGAGAUCGACCUGCGGUUCGGAAACCCCAAGGAGGGCCGAUUAUCUGUCAUCGUAGCGCCCACUCGUAGGUUUGCAGAUGACCUUGACGAUGCAACAAUCGAGAAGAUCGGCACGCCGGAGAAGGUGAUCAACGCCUUUGGACCGGAGGUCAUCGGCGAGAAUGUGGAAGGGAAGGUUCUGUCCACAGCCACAGCUGAGUACUCCGGAAGAACUUACUACCAGUUCGAGCUGGAACCACCUCACAUCUUCAUCACGGCUACGGCUGCUGGGAAUAGACUCUACCUGUUCAGCGUAACUGCAAACGGGCUACAAUGGAAGAGGCAUUACAAGGAUCUGAAGCAAAUAGCAGAAUCAUUCCGCGUAGUCUAG